GCCUCGGCCCGUCCGCGGCUCAGGCCCCGCCCCCGGAAGCGGACGUGGCGGCGCGGCCCGGCAUGGGGGGCGGCCGGCACCGCGCGCUGCUCUGCGGCCUCCUGGCCGUGGCCGCCGUGGCCGAGGGCGGACGCGCCCUCCCGCACCUCAGCGACGACGUGCCCUUCAGGGUCAACUGGCCCGGCACCGAUUUCAGCCUGCCUACAACUGGUGUCCUGUACAAAGAGGAUAACUACAUUAUAAUGACCACUGUGGAUAAAGAAAAAUAUAAAUGUAUACUUCCGCUGGUAGCCAGUGGCAAUGAGGAAGAAGAAAAGGAUUACAGAGGUCCUACUCCAGGAGAAUUGCUGGAACCUCUUUUUAAGCAAAGUAGCUGUUCAUAUAGAAUUGAAUCUUACUGGACUUACGAGGUGUGCCAUGGAAAGCACAUCCGUCAGUACCACGAGGAGAAGGAAACGGGACAGAAAAUUAACAUCCAGGAAUACUAUCUGGGUAAUAUGAUGAUGAAGAACCCAUUAUCAGAACCAGAUCGAGAAGAGAAGGAAAAUCCAAAAGAGAGUACAAAAGAGAUACCUACAAAAAAUAUAGAAGGGCAGAUGACUCCGUACUAUCCUGUAGAAAUGGGAAACGGCACGCCUUGUAGCUUGAGACAAAACUUGCCCAGAUCCAGUACAGUGAUGUACAUCUGUCAUCCAGAAGCUAAACACGAGAUUCUUUCAGUGGCAGAAGUUACAACCUGUGAAUAUGAAGUAGUUAUAUUGACUCCUCUGCUAUGCAACCAUCCUAAAUAUAGGUUCAGGGCCUCCCCUGUGAAUGACAUCUUUUGCCAGUCUCUGCCGGGAUCCCCACUGAAACCCCAUAAUCUGGAACAGCUGGAGAAACAGCAAGAAAUGAUGAAGAUGCCUUUUAGAAGAAUUAAGGAGGAAGAAAUGCAUUCUACAAAAGAAGAGAAAUUUUCUUCCAUUCACAAGCCUGUUGCUGUUGGAAGCCAUCAGCUGUUAACUGUGGGAACGACCCACAUCUCCAAACUGACCGAUGACCAACUCAUAAAGGAAUUUCUUAGUGGUUCCUACUGCUUCCAUGGGGGUGUUGGCUGGUGGAAGUACGAAUUCUGCUAUGGCAAAUAUGUUCAUCAGUAUCAUGAGGAUAAAGAAAGUGGCAGGACUUCAGUGGUUGUUGGUACCUGGAACAAGGAGGAACACAUUGAAUGGUCCAAGAAGAAUGCUGCUAGAACGUACUACCUGAGAGAAGACGGCACACAGACAGUUCGGAUGGUGUCUCAUUUCUAUGGAAAUGGAGAUGUUUGCGACUUAACAGACAAGCCAAGAUGUAAAGAAUCUGAUUCCCCUCAUGCUGUGACCAUAUACAUGUUAGAGCCUCAUUCUUGCCAAUACAUCCUUGGGGUGGAGUCUCCAGUCAUCUGCAAAAUUCUGGAUACAGCGGAUGAGCAUGGGCUUCUCUCUGUGCCCAGCUAAAGCCCAUGAAGCCCACAAGCCAUAGCUGUCAGCAACCCCGCUGGCGUUCUCCACGCGAACAUCGCGCCUGUCAGAUGACAAAGGCAGAGAGAACUUGUAGCCAACCAACCUCACCAGCAGAAUUCUAUGAGAUGAGGGACUCGUGAACCACUUUGUGUAUAACUAUGUGUAUAUAAGAGGUUAUCGAUAAACUUUUAAUGAUUAAAAUCUUGUCUUGCA